AGUUUUGCUUUCCCUCUGUCUCUUAGGGCAUGAGACCAGCCAGUCGCUGGAAAACAAGUUUUGGUGCCAGAGCCUUCGGUGGGUUCCAAGACUGCUUUUUCAGAGACAGGCCCAUGGACACGGCCCGGGUGGCAGUGGUGGGGGCAGGCCUGAUGGGGCUCUCCACCGCGGUGUGCACGUCCAGACUGGCCCCCCGAUGCUCCGUGACCGUCAUCUCAGACAAGUUUACUCCUGACACCACCAGCGACGUGGCAGCCGGGAUGCUUAUUCCUCACGCUUAUCCAGACACACCCAUUCACAAGCAGAAGCAGUGGUUCAGAGAGACUUUUGAUCACCUGCUCUCCAUCGCCAGCUCUGCAGAAGCUGGGGUUGCUGGUGUUCAUCUGGUGUCUGGUUGGCAGAUAUUUCAGAGCCUUCCUAUGGAAGAAGUGCCAUUCUGGGCUGAUGUGGUUCUGGGAUUUCGAAAGAUGACCGAGGCGGAGCUGAAGAAAUUCCCUCAACACGUGUUUGGUCAGGCUUUCACCACCCUGAAAUGCGAAGGCCCUGCCUACCUCCCGUGGUUGGAGAAAAGGGUGAAAGGAAGUGGAGGGCAGAUACUCACCCGACGCGUAGAAGACCUGUGGGAGCUUCAUCCGUCCUUCGACAUCGUGGUCAACUGUACAGGCCUUGGAAGCAGGCGGCUUGCAGGAGACUCGAAGAUUUUCCCCGUAAGGGGCCAAGUGCUCAAAGUUCAGGCCCCCUGGGUGAAGCAUUUCAUCCGAGAUGGGAGUGGGCUGACGUAUAUUUAUCCUGGUGUAUCGCAUGUAACCCUGGGUGGAACUAGGCAAAAAGGAGACUGGAAUCUGUCCCCAGAUGCAGAAAUUAGCAGAGAUAUUUUUUCCCGAUGUUGUGCUCUGGAACCCUCCCUCCGUGGAGCCUGCGACAUAAAGGAGAAGGUGGGCUUGAGACCCUCCAGGCCAGGCGUGCGGCUGCAGAAAGAGCUCCUAGCCCGAGACGGCCAGAGGCUACCUGUGGUCCACCACUACGGCCACGGGGCUGGGGGCUUCUCGGUGCACUGGGGCACUGCCCUGGAGGCUGCCAGGCUGGUGAGUGAGUGUGUGCACGCCCUCAGGACCCCCACUCCCAAGCCAAAGCUGUAGAUGUCAUGAAAUGGCAGCAAAUGGCACUGGAGACUAUUGAUCAAAGCAUAAUUUAAACAUCAGAACAUGUUCAAAUAACUUUCAUUGCGUGAAAGUUUAACUAGACAUUUCUUUGUUUUCAAAAUCAGAAAAUGCAACAGGUAGACUUAGGAAGUCUAGUACUAAUGACACAGGGCAUAAAGCUCCUGUUUUGUUGUUAAAAAUACUUGUUAUAGAGUAAGAUUUCUUUUAGAUCUGAUGUCCGAGGACCUAUGCUAAUUUAUAUGAAUGCUGGAAGCUCUAGGGAUUUUGACAUUUUUUGGCUCAUAAAUCCACAGAAACAGAUAAUGUAUGGAAAAAUCACUGUCAAUUGCAGAUCCUCUUAGGUUAUAGUGAGCAUUAUUAUCCCUCUAAAUACAUGGUGAUCACAAAAUGCAGACUUGUUACAUUUAUUUGAAGACAAAGUAUGAAGAUUGCUAGCACUAGUGGCAACCUUUUCCUCCCCUCAGCUGGUAAUGAUGGUAGAAGACAGAGAUGAAGUUGCUUAGGGAUGUGGCAUCAGUCAGUAGCUGCCUGGAGUCAAUCACCUAAGUGUUGUACGUUUCGUUACCACAAAUGACUGCGAGCUGGCUUGCUGUGUAGUCGACUUUGCCUAAGCAUUUUUGUUCAUUGAGCGUUAGCAUAUGAUCUUGUUUAAAGAGAACAUUCUGCCGGUAGAGAGUGAGAGAAGCAUGUCAGCGUGUUGGAUGAUCUUUGUCACUCUCCACAGUAUUAAAAUUCUCAAGUUAAAUCAAAUAUGGGAGCUUUUCUGUAGAUUUCCACUAGGGGGUGGUGUUGCAUCAAAUUCAGAUAAAUUGGUACACGCAAAUAUUUAGAAAUGACUAGAAAUAAAAAAUGGA